CCUGCUCAGGUCCCCCUGUGACCACUGAGUGAUCAGCCACGAAGGAUUAUCUGUGGAAGCAAAAGUAAUUACUCAGAAAAGACAAUCUCAGAAAUAUCGUCAUAAAUGGCUAAUAUCUUUACUGAGCUGGUGAGUUCCCCUACAAAAAGCUCAUUGUUAUUUUACCUAAUAUUAACCACUUUCAUGUACAUGUGCUUUAUUACAGAGCUCUUUAAAGUGUCUCUCCAUUGUCCAUUGCACUGCUCGAAUAUAAAACUGAAAUAUUCAUAAACAAAAGAGUAAAUGUUGUGCAGUAUUCAUCCUAUUUAACGCUGCAUUGCUGUUGCCUGUUGUUUUAAGAGACUUAUUUAUUACUAUCACUAUUAUUAUUAUUAUUAUUGUAGAGUAGUAGAGCUUGCGGUAAAUUCAUUUUUUAUCAAAUGAAAGGCACACAGGAAAUACAAAUCAAAGCACUAUUUAAGGAUUUUACACACAGAAAUAUGAAAUCCUGUCAACAGGUAAUAUCAUAUGGAAUGUGAUCCAUAAAUAUGCCUCGUCAAAAUACAAAUAAACAAAAAAAUAAAUAUCCUCAGCACACAGCAAUAAAAUAUAGUGGUUUACUCAGUCAUCAAAAUGAAAUGACAACGUUUAGACUGGUAUAUGUGUCUUUCUCAAACAUUGAAUGAGUUGAAAUGUUGCCCUUUCCCGUUGAUGGCUGAAUAGACCACCUGAAUUUAUUGCUGUAUGCUAAGGACAUUUAUUUUUUGUUUGCUUAUUACUGUGGACCUAGGUAAUCAGGAACCCCUUCAUUUCGCACCAGUACAAAAAUUUGGAAUUUGUUCUGGAGUACCUGCCACACAUUAUGUACUUAUUAAAAUACAAAUAUUCAUUUUUCACAAUUGCAAGAUUGUCUAGCUUUGUUGAUUUAGGUUUAUGCAUGUUAUUAUACAAUAUUAUAUUUUGUUGCUAGGCUAACUACAGGGGCCUCUUCCUAAUGGUUAUUGUGCUCGGCCUAGGAGGUACAUUUCAGUUUGGGUACCACAUCUCGGUUUUGAAUUCUCCAUCCCCGGUGAGUAAAGUCCACAGAUUGCAUUUAUUGUCUACCUCAUAUAUUUUGAAGGAACAUAUAGAACCCAAUGCAACAAACAUCAAGGUUGAGACCACAGAUAGAAAGCUAUAUAUAUUUAUUCCUAGGUAAUAAUAGAUAGUAGCCAUUCUUUGUUGAAUUUGAAUAUUGAAUUAAUAUAUUUCCCUUUUUAUAAGGCUUAAUUUAUAGUAAAUAAUAUGUAAUAUACCAAAAGGCAUGUCGAAAUGCCCCCAUAAUGCGAAAUUUGCAUUUUUGGGAUAUAUUUAAAGGUAAAUAUAUAGGUAAAUGUACAAGACAGUACAUGCUUAUUGAAAUGUGUCUGAUUUUAUGUACUAUUAUAUACUAUUUCCAUUAAAAAAUGCUUUGUUAACUUAUCCAACCUCAGUGUUUCCCAUUUAAUGCUUGGAUGAAGGUAUUGUUGCAUUGAUUGUAAUGUGAGAUAACAUAAAAUCUCUCUUGGUCUCAUUUUACAGUAUAUCAAAGCCUUUAUCAAUGAAACGUGGAUGAUGAGAUAUGGAACACCAAUCCCUCAUGAAACGCUGACACUGAGAUGGUCCUUGCUGGUGUCUGUGUAUAGUAUUGGAGGACUGGUGGGAUCCACUUGCUCUGGAUACCUUAUAGGGAGAUUUGGGAAGUAAGUUUAAUGACCUACCUCAGUCUAAGAUCUGUUUACGUCUAUUAAGAUUGGGCUGCAUCCUCUUACAUUACCAUUUCAGUAUAUACUUUAAUUUAAUGGACUUUACCAUUACCAGAAACUGCAUCAUAGAGCAAUAAUGAGUAGAUAUUGACGGCAAAUUUAGGCCUUACUUAGUACACAUAACCCCCACUGUCUGUACCUAAAUCUCUAUCUCUAAAAUGUCCUGCUUUGACAAGGGCACAUCGGUUUUAGCAGCUAAUGAUUUCUGUUCUCAUUAACCGUCUGCCAUAUACUCUACCUGCUAUCCUUUGUGUUACAGGAAAAGAUGUCAGCUCUGUAACUGCCUCCUGCCAAUAGCCAGUGCUCUGCUUAUGGGUCUGAGUCGUAUUGUUGGCAACUUUGAAAUGAUUCUGGUCGGACGCUGCCUGGCUGGGUUUUAUGCCGGUGAGUUCAGGUUAAACAUUUCAUAUAAUGAGGGAGAUACUCUAUAUUGAUCAUUGAUUGCCAAUAAGUAGAUGGUCACCUGUUGCUUUUUACCUAUUACAAUCAACAUACAGAGUGCAUCCUUACAAUAUGUAAAGCACAAAGGCAUCGAUUAUAUGAUAAUUUUUCAGAUUUUCAGAUUUCAAAGUGAAUUAAAAUAUUACGUGGAAUAGUAAAAGUUAGCUUUGUUUCAUUUUUACAAUUAUGUACCUAAAAUGUAAUUUUUAAUGUUAAAUUCACAUUGAAUUCUCAAGAGCACACAAUUUAGUGGAUAAUCAGGUCUGUGAUUAAUCAAAUGUUUUCCCAACAACAACAAAUUAAUUCUACAUACUUCGGAACCUAUCAUGUAGAUGAGAACAGGCCUCAGCCCUGAUUUAGACGGGACAUAGGAUCUUGCUCAUGCUGGUAUUUACAUUCCCCAACAAAUUGAUCUGUAUCUCUAUCUGUGAUUGUUCAAGGUCUGGGAAUUAACAUCCACGCUCAGUUUGCAGGAGAGAUUGCACCCAGAAAACUGCGAGGACUUAUUAAUACCUCAGGCCCUUUGUUUGUUACCUUGGGAAAACUCUGUGGGCAGAUAAUUGGACUGAGGUAUGUGACUCUUAAAUUACUUGCUUUUAUUACUAUUAUUAUUAUUGCCAUUUAUAUAGCGCCAACAGAUUCCGUAGCACUUUACAAUAUUAUGAGAGGGGGGAUUUUACUAUAAAUAGGACACUUACAAGAAAACUUACAGGAACGAUAGGUUGAAGAGGACCCUGCUCAAACAAGCUUACAAUCUAAGACUUUGUUCUUCUUAAAAAGUUAAUGUAGAAUUUUUUCUUAAAAUAAAUAAUGUACUGAGAACUUUAAAAGGACCACUAUAGUGCCAGGAAAACAAACUAGUUUUCCUGGCACUAUAGGGUCUUUAGGUUCCCCCCACCCUCAGAGUCCCACUCCCACUGGGCUCAAGGGGGCUGAAGGGGUUAAACACUUACCUUUUUCCAGCGCCGGGCUCUCUCGGGGCUGGGGAAUUCUCCUCCUCCUCCCGACAUCAGCACUGAAUGCGCAUUAAGACAGUCCAUAGGAAAGCAUUUCUCAAUACUUUCAUAUGGACGUCCAGCGUCUUCUCACUGUGAUUUUCACAGUGAGAAGUGCGGUAGCGCCUCUAGCGGCUGUCAGUGAGAGGCUGGAUUAACCCUAGUGUAAACAUAGCAGUUUAUCUGAAACUGCUAUGUUUACAGCUGCAGGGUUAAAACCUGGGGGACCUGGCACCCAGAUCACUUCAUUGAGCUGAAGUGGUCUGGGUGCCUAUAGUGGUCCUUCAAGCAUUUCAAAAGGGCACUACUCUACUGCCACCAGAUAUUUUGUGUGCAUUUCAUGUAAAUUGUUUAUAUAAUUACAAGAUCUGCACUUAUUUAACCAGAUUUAGAACCUCAUACGGCAUAGAUGGUGUUGUCAUCCAUUCAAUUAUUCUCCGUAAUAAACGGCUAAUAAUGCACAGCUCCUGUUUGUGCAGUUUAAGGGCACUAAUCUCAGUCAGAACUGGGACUGUAUCUAGUAAUUUUUGGGCCUAGCAGAGAUCCAGUUAUAUAUAUAUAUAUAUAUAUAUAUAUAUAUAUAUAUAUAUAUAUAUAUAUAAAGAAUGAUAAGAUAGCACUAGGACUUCUUUAGAGUAAAAUUUUACUUUUAUUUCCAUACAAAAUAAAAAAAAUCGACGUUUCAGUCUGACACAGCAGACUUUCAUCAGGAUAAGCUUAACAUACACCAAACAUACAAUAUAUAACAAAAGAUAAAUCAUAAAUUCACCACAUCUGGCGGUAGAACCCUUCCAGGGGGCGACCCGGUCCGUCCAAGUGCCUGACUCCGUCCCCAUUCGAUGACGUCAUUACGCAUGCAUCCCUGACGUGCCGGGACACUCCCCCAGUCACUGUCAUGGUAACCAAAAUUAAACAACCACAAAAGAAAUUAAGUAAAAAUCCACAGAGUGGACUAAAUGAAUCAAGCUGUUACUUUACACUAGGCUGGAGGUUGGAAGGCAAAGCUUUAAUAAUGAGCACAUAUUGUCCCGGUCUGUAGACCUAUGAACCUAUAUAUUUGCAUCCACUAAUGGUAGCUAUUCUUACUUUGAAUGGAUAAUAUGGAUUAUGAAAGCUUAUAUGCAAAGGAGUAGAGGGAAGUAACAUCCUAAAGAUGAUUAGUCUGUACUCUUAAGGAUUUAACCUGGGAAAUUGGAUCUGUGCCACAUAAUUCCACAGGAGGCAAACAAUGUUUGCCCCAAAAUACAUGAGUGACAGUACUUGAUACUUGUAACUAAUAUGUUGCCGACCAUAGGGCUGUGUACUUAUAUAGCAACCACAAUAUUCCACCCAUAACGGAGACACUACUAUACAUAUUUACACUAUUUAUAUUUCAAUGAAACAUUAUUUUUAGGAAUAUAGAAACUAGAACCAGGCACUGGCAAACAGAUAGUAGGGCCAUGGCCAACCCUGUACCUCUCCCCCUGGGUGGGUUAUAGGUUGCCAAAUUAGCCCAAUCUGUAACCUAAAUGCCAUGGUAGUUCCCAGAUACAGUAAUGAUUAUAACAACAAAGCGAAGACAACAGUGGAGAAACUGUCCCACAGGGUGGGCUCUGAUCACACUUUCUCGCUGUUAGUCAUUGAAAAAUGUUUAGAACCAAACAGAAAUCACAAGAAAAUGGAAAGUGAAUAUAAUUCAUUUAGGCCCCGUGGUGAGGUGGUAUCAAGAGUCCUGAUCCAUUAUUUCUCCUGUUGUAGUAAUAUUUUUUUACAAUCUACACUUCUUCUCAAGGGUGGUAUGUUUAUAAAUUUUUUAUAUAUAUAUACAGUCCCAGUUCUGUGUGUGUAUAUACAUAUUCACACACAUACAUAUAUAUAUAAUGCAUGUGUUAUUGGAGAAUAAACCACAGAGUAGUGUUCUGGGGGCAUCAUAAUAAACCACAAGACCAAAGAUAUUGCCUAGCUUUUCCCCUUAUCAAGCAAUGCCCACCAUUAAAAGUACCCGCACACCACUGACUUCCCCUGCUGUCAACCAUGUCAUCCCACAUGUCUCACUCUAUGUCUCCAACAGGGAAUUAUUUGGAACAGAAACCCUGUGGCCUCAGCUUCUCCUCGUCAGUGCAUUCUUAUCAUUUGUCCAGCUGGUCAUGUUGCCUUUCUUCCCAGACUCCCCUACCUACAUUCUACUGGAUAAAGGUGACAAGGAAGGCUGCAUGAGAGGUAGGUGUAUAUGGGGGUGACUACCUUGUGAUAAUGUUAGAUCAGUCAAGAAGGGAACCGAUACUGGGAAAUAGAAAGGUACUGAAUAUUACUGUCAUAGCUUACGGUGUAAUUCUCUGAGUAGCUGUAGACAAGAGACAGACCCACAAUAAUUCAAGUUAUUUAUUGGGGAAUAUUUCAUACAGGUUAUGGUUCAGAAACAUACAUUGGAGACAUUCUGCCCACACUUUACCAAACAAUACAACCAUACUUUUAAUUCUUGCAAUGAUGUAGAAUGAUUUAAAAAUAACAUUUAAGAGCCAACAAUUACUCUUUUGCAGCUUAGCGUUAGUUUAUUUAAGACGUGCGUCAUAUGUGUUAUAUUGUGAAUAGCCAGUAAUAAUAUCAUAGAACUCUCUGGUACAAUGCACAUCUAAUCUGAAUGCACUUAUACGCAUUACUGUGUGAGAUCACAAAGUGAUAUAUGUAUUGUGAUUCCAAAAGAUUAAUCUGAUAAGUCUCUCUGCAAAUGAAUUCACGUUAUAGUUAAAUAUCUCGUCUGACUUUUUAUGAUCAGUAAUGCCACAGUUUAUUAUGCAUUUAUUUCUCGAAGAAGUCAGGUAUUUAUUUUUAUUUUCUUGUAAGAAAGCUGGUAAGAAGAGCUACAGGGGGCUCACCGGGCCAUUUGUAAUCACAGCUAUACAAUGUGUUCACUGGUGACUUGGUCAGUGACAAGGAAAUAAGCAGAUGAGCACAAUUUAAUGGAGGAACACUGUAUUCUAUAAAACGCAGUUUUUAUGGGGAGGAAUAAAAGUCAGACAAUUAGCAUUACCAGUAUGUUUAAAUGUCUCUACAUAUGAUUGUAUUAUUUUAUACAGCUCUAAAACAGCUCUGGGGAGACAGAGACCACCAAGCUCAUAUCGAUGAGAUAAUGAAAGAUAAUGUUUCCAGUAAAAUGGGCAGGAAGAUGAGUGUAUUGGAGCUGCUUAAAGACCCAUCCCACCGCUACCAAAUACUUGUGCUGAUUGGGCUGAUCCUCUGCCUACAGCUCAGUGGUGCUAAUGCAGUUGAGUAUUUUUUUGAACAUGUCAAUUCAUACAUGGAGUUUGUGAAUAAAGUUUGCUAUAUAUUGUAUUCACGUCUACAUAGGAACCUUUACUAUGUAAUUUAGCUAAGAAGCUAUGAAUGAUGAAUCCCUUCCUGAUCUAUUUUGCAGAUUUAUUUCUACUCAUACGAUGUGUUUCAAGAAGCUGGCUUCCCUCAGGAUCAGAUUGCAUAUGUUUCUCUUGGAGUCGGAGCCUUUGAAUUUGUGUCUGCCAUGAUCUGUGUAAGCAUUUUUGCUAAAUAUUACUACUAUGCUAAAGAAAUAUCACUCAUUGGAAUCAAUAAGAAUUUGAAAAGUAUUUGAAAUCUAGCAUGCAAAACCCCACAUACAUGCUACAGUGUCAACUAGAAACAGAUGACCGAUGAGUUUAUUAGUUUAUUUACUAUAUGGGGAUUUGUACUGCUCUUACAAGCACUUUAAAGACAGGUGUACUUACAAUACUGGGUACAUAUGCCAACUCUAUCUUUAUUCUAAGUGCAUUUUUAGAGGAAUAUGCCAAGCACUAUAAACAUGCAUUGUAGUGGUUAUGGUGCCAGGAAUGUAAGUUGUCAAGCUGUUUCUGAACAUUUUGACUUCUUACCUGGAGUCUACCAUGCACUUUUCCUUGCCUCUUAGAGAGCCAGAAGAGAUCAGCUGGUGCUCUCAGCCAAUGAGCUAAGCCCUGCACUGAAAUACUUAGCUCAGACAGAGUGAUUCUAGCUCUCUGGCUGAUGCAGUGCAGUUGGGGAGCAGUGGCCAGCGCACCGCAGGUAACAAGUCAACCCGUUGUGAAAUGGUACUUCUUUUAAUAGGGCUGUAAUGAUGCUGCACUGUUCUGAAUUCUGUGGCAUUUCAGCAAAGCACAAAUGGCACGUGGUAUUUUAAAAACAUUUUGAUAGCAAUAUUAUAAAAUCCUACUGCAUUGAUAAGGGAUAUGCAUAAUUUCAGGUCUUAUUGCUGAAUUGGUAAAAGUCUUUAACUUUUUUCAUUUUGGCAUAUUACCCUAAAAUAUACUGCAGUCAGUUCUUCACAUUUCCUGAUUUAAUGAAUGAAUCCCAAAGUGCCCAUUUGACUAGUAAUAUUAUUUUCCAUACUAGCAUUAAGUAAAUAACUCUUAAAUGUAUGUAUUAAUGCAUACACUGAUUAUAUAACAGGAACAAGGAAUCCUUUUUUAAAUAAUGUAGAUGUACUUGUAGCCACUUAGAAUGAUAUAAUUUUCUGCUGUCCUCUAUACAAUUUCUCCUGACAAUAUAUAUAUAGAAUCAUACAUGCAGCCAUAUAUCUUAUAUCUUAUAUCUGUGCAGAGUCUGCUUAUUGAUCGCUUUGGGAGAAAGAUGCUAAUUUUGGGAGGAUACAGUCUCAUGACACUCACAUUGAGCUUCCUCACAGUCACACUGUCCCUGCAGGUAAAUCACAAGGAACGUCCCCAUUUCUCCUCCACUGAUCAUAUCCCAUGCUGAUAACCCAACACUCUGUCAUUUAACUAUAAUGAUUUUUUGGGGGGAGGGAGGUGGGGAUUAUUUACCUUAAUAAAGUACCAAACGCAAUGUUAUAGAAUCCCUUGGGUAUUAAUUAUCUUGCUGAUUCCAUCACUUCAACAUACCUGAAGCUACACGCAGAAAUUUCCCAUGUACCAAAAUUCCAUCAUCCAUUACUGUCAUUUGCAUUUAUAUUAACAUUGUUCCAUUGUAUUUAAACACUUAUUUUCCUUUAGGAUUCAUAUUCAUGGAUGCCAUACUGUAGUGUGUUUCUCACCUUUCUGUUCAUCUUCCUGUAUGGAGCUGGGCCUGGUGAGUAUAAAUCAAGUGUUCAUUUUGAAGAAAGUAUCAGAACUCACAAACAAAAUGGUAUGAGUGAGUUUGGUUUGUACAUUGGUUUAGCGAUUUAUUCAAAAAGUUUUAGACCAAAAUAACUGGUCAGGCACUGUAAUUGGUGAAACAUCUCAAACAUCCCUUGUUACCCCAAACAGCCACCUUGGUUUGGGGUAUCAGACUCACAAAGCCUAUUAGUUACCCAAAUAUAUAUUUUCUUUUUUAUAUUAUUGCUUUUUAUAUUUUGACAUUAUGGCUCUUCAUCUUUGAUGUAAACAAUCUAUUCCAGGGACGUCAAGACUCCUGGCCUUAAUUGGCUUCUUACUCUUGAGAAAUUAUUUAAAAUUUGCUGUAACACUCAUUGCAUUUUUAUAUCUGUAAUAUGCUGUGACUCACUCAAUGUGCAUAUGUGGCAAUGUUUUUCUCUGUGCAUUGCCAUGCAUAAAAAAGAAAUAAAAAAAUAGCUGGUCUGGCAACCUAACAUAGGUGGAUCAUUUGACUAAUUCAGCCAAUUUGGGCUAAACUUGGAAUAGCGCACAUUUUAUGGUUUAGUAAGAUCUUCUGUUAUUUAUUUAUUUUUGUUUAUUGUUGCUUGUUUUUGCUCUUUUUCUAUUGUCUUAUUUGGAUAUAAAUAAAAUAUACAAUUCUGGGGUCAGUUCCUGACAAUGCAUAGUUUAGUGAUUGUUUUAUACUAUUUGUGUAUUUUACAAUUUUUUUAAUGUUAUAUGGAUUUUAUUACUAAUGCACAGGUAAACAAGUUGACAUUUUUAUUCUCUUUUGUAUUGUUUGAAGGUUAUAUAUGUACAGUCGCCUAGUCUUCUGAUCCUUUACUUCUAUGCAGAAUUAUAGCUUUUUUAGUCCAAGCAUCUACACAUUCUCCACUGACUUGAUAACAAGUGAACCUUUUAAUAUUGUCAUCAUUAUGUCAUGAGCCAAUCACAACUUUCUAUGAUGUUUCUCUAUUAAAAAUGCCUUUUACUUUUUAUAAUUUUACUAAUCAAAUAUUGCACUUGCACUAUUUGAUUGCAACCCUUGGCUAGGGUUCCAUAGAAUUUCUGUCAUGUAUUGAAGUGGCACUGUCACCAUCUGGGGACUUUGCAAAGACCCUCAGUGGUGACAUCGCCACUGGGGGUCAAGUGGCAGAUAAAAGUAAGUUCUACUUACCAGAAACUGUUCCUCACAGGCAUGGCCAUCUUCCCUUGGCAGGUCCUCUUCAGCUUCUGGCGCUUCAGCGAGCAUGCAAGAGUAAAACAUUGAGGUCUAUGGAUAUGGAUAUUCAGGUCCAUAGAUAAAGCCAAUUCCCUGCAGCCGUCACUGGUGCACACAGCACAUAAUCAUUUUAAUACUUCCUUUUUUCACCAAGGAAAGUACUUCAAAUACUAAGAGGAAAAAAUAGUGAUACCAUCAAUGUCUGUAUAAAAUAUAUUUCCAUGUUUUCUUUUCUUCCUAUCCACAGCUGGUGCCACAAUAUCUACAUGUGUUGAAAUCUUCUCCCAGGUUCCUCGAGUUCCAGCUUUUGUCAUUUCAGGAUGUUUUAGCUGGGUGGGCCUGUACAUCCUUGGAAUGGUCUUCCCUUAUAUAGUGGUAAGUGUUGGGGCCAUUCUAUAGCUCAUGGGAAUUAUACAGAGAUUUCUAAUAAGCAUACCAGUAACUAUUGUCUGUUGUCGUGUAUAAAGGUCCCAAUUUUUCCUCUCACUCUAGAAGGUACUCUCUAUUACAGAUACAAUGAUGACAAAGUCCUACCUAUUGGAGCCAAGACUCCUUAAGUGGUUGUCAACUGGAGAAUAAUAUCCAAAUUGAGAGUGUUGUUAAUAUUCAAAUGUACAUUUUGUCCCAUGUAUUAUCCACAGAUAUAGGAGGUCAAUAAAGAAAAAUAAAUAAAGUGAAAUUAACUAUAGCCUACUGGCUUUUCAGGUCAGUACAGUCUCCACCCCUGACGAAGAUGCACAUGUCCGUGCACCAAACCGCGCAUCGGGUUCUUUCUUCUUCUUCACAGUGACCUUUCACUUAAGGUGUAGGUAACCAGCAUUCUAAUCAUGGUUCUACACCGUUAACACUUAUUUUUCUUUGUCUUUCCUCGUUGGUGUCUAGACUGUUCGAGUAUCAGUAAUAUGGUAGAGACUAAAUAGAUUGCUUUUAUGGUAACACUCCGGUCUAAUAGACAACAGCACUCUUUAUUAUACUAUCCUGCUGAGUCAGACAUAUAGACACACACGUCUGGCGAAAUUGAACCGUGUUUGGCAGAGCUAUCAGCAACUUAGUAUACUCUAACAGGUAGAAAGUUAACAUAUUUGCCAAAGGAAUACGUAGUUCUACUGGCAACAGUAUUGCAACACUGUCUCACAACAGCUUGUGCAGACUCACAGCCAGCUUAAAGGGACACUAUAGUCACCCAGACCACUUCAUCUCAAUGAAGUGGUCUGGGUGCCAGGUCCCUCAGGUUUUAACCCUUCAGAUGCAAACAUAGCAGUUUCAGAGAAACUGCUAUGUUUACAUUUGGGGUUAAUCCAUACAUUUGAAUAUUAACAACACUUUCAAUUUGGAUAUUAUUCUCUAGUUGACAACCACUUAUAGAGUCUUGGCUCCAAUAGGUAGGACAUUGUCAUCAUUGUAUCUGAAACUAGGGGUUAGGCCCCAAGACACUCCUGGAGUGUCUAUUUGGUGUUGCAGUCUCGGAGUAGGGGUGGCUGGUAUCUACAGACCCUCCUGCCCUGGUCACUGUUUCCUUCAUACUCUCUAUUACAUUGUUUCCUAACCCACUCCUCAAGGCACACCAAUAGUUCUGGUUGCCUUUAUAUAAGUGAAACAGAAAUUAGAUUUGUCUAAAUGCUGGACUGUUGAUAUUUAGUAGCUAGUGCCCCAAUGUAUAUGUUUAUGUAUGAUAUGUCAGCAUCCCAGUGGUAAGUUGUGUACUACCCUUAAAUUUAUUGUGGAAGAGAAAGUAGCUUGAUCACAAACUGUAAAGUACUCUGAAUUUAGACUAAGACAUCUUCCGGCACCACCGUUGCUGUGAACUACAACUCCCAUGACACUUGUCCAGCUGGGAAAAAUGGGAGAGGAGCAUUGAAGACAUAAUCCACAGUGGUUGCUGUGCUGCCUGUUGUAUAUUCUUGACCAGAAUCUUUCCAAAGCCUUUAUGCAUAUAGACUUUAUUUAGCUAUACAAAAUAUAUUCAUCUGAAUCCUCCAUAUUUCACAAUAUGAAGAACAAUGACAAUAUAGAAAAACAGAUACAAGGAUUGCAACCUGCACUGCUGAUGUACAUUCUCUUUGUUUUUCCAGGAAACCCUAAAACAUUUCUGCUUUCUCCUGUUCAUGGCCUUCAUCAUCCUGGCACUGCUUUUCGUACAUUUUAUUGUUCCUGAGACCAAGGAUAAAACCAUAGCACAAAUAUCCCAAGAAUUCAACAAGUUCAACUUCAAGAAGCAAAAACAAGGAGUGCAAAGCAGUGGUAUUAGCGUGUGCACUCAGCACCAUACUGUGAGGACAGCAUUCUCAGAGUGUUCACUCAGCACCAGACUGUAAGGACAGCAAUCUCAGAGUGUUCACUCAGCACCAGACUGUAAAGACAGCAAUCUCAGAGUGUUCACUCAGCACCAGACUGUAAAGACAGCAAUCUCAGAGUGUGCGCUCGGCACCAGACAGUAAGGGCAGCAAUCUCAAAAUGUGUUUACUCAGGACAGCAAUCUCAGAGUGUGCGCUCAGCACCAGACUGUAAGGACAGCAAUCUCAGAGUGUGCGCUCAGCACCAGACUGUAAGGACAGCAAUCUCAGAGUGUGUUUACUCGGGACAGCAAUCUCAGAGUGUGCACCAGCCUGAGGAGACAACAAUCUCAGAGUGUGCACUCAGCACCAGACUGUAAGGACAGCAAUCUCAGAGUGUGUUUACUCGGGACAGCAAUCUCAGAGUGUGCACCAGCCUGAGGAGACAACAAUCUCAGAGUGUGCACUCAGCACCAGACUGUAAGGACAGCAAUCUCAGAGUGUGUUUACUCGGGACAGCAAUCUCAGAGUGUGCACCAGCCUGAGGAGACAACAAUCUCAGAGUGUUCACUCAGCACCAGACUGAGAGGACAGCAAUCCCAAACUGUGCACCAGACAAUGACUGCGUAUUUUCUUCAUCUCAGAGACACUCUUUAGAACCUAUAGGCUUAUUUGGAAAGAAACAAUACAAUAGCGGAACAGGACAAUCAUAAUACGCGACCAACUCAGAUGUUUAUUUUAUAGCAAAGGUAACACUUUUAAACAAUAAUCUUACCUGGGUAAACACAACAAACAAAUAACUUAAAUUUCUAAAUGAUCAGUUAUAGAUAACAUUUAAUUUGAGACUAUUACAUGGGCACCAAUAUAACAUAAGCAUUUUUAUACUAUUUUACUAUUUAUUUUAUAUUGGUUUGCACAACAAUUUGUGGGUUUUACAAUAGACCAUGUCUGUAACACAAACAACAAAAUCCUUCUUAUUCCACAGGGAGCAAACACUAACACUGCUCAUAUAAGAAAAUUAUUUUUAAUUAGUCUGUGGAGAGGGUGGCAGUUUUGGAUAUUAAUACCCUGCUGUACAAGUUUUAAUUAAAUAUAUUUUUAUUGUACCAUGAAUCUAAGCACAACGCAUUCAGUCUGAAAUUAGCAAACUCACUCUCGCUAAACUGAUUUUGUGAGUCAACAGCUGGCUUUCAAGAUAAGCAAAAUUAUCUACCUUAAGAGUAAUUCCUACUCUACUGUAUUGCAGAUUUCCCGUUUGACAAUUUUCUCUAAAUUUUUGCAAUAUUGCCGGCUAAUCACAAGUAUACACCCCAAUUGCCCAGUGAGAAUUGAAUUAAAGAAGACAUGCACAAAAUACCCUCGCCGUGUUGUUCACUGAAGUGUGCAUUACUGUGAAUUCAAAGUGAGUUUAGUGUAACACUAUACUGAAGAAUUCUUCCAGAUAAGCUGUUUUGGCCUGAAUUUUGCCAUUCAAAACAUAAUUUGCUAGAAUUCUGAGUUUAGUGAAUAAACCUAUCAUUGUGGGAGAAGUAGGGGGUAUGUGAAAUACACUCUGCUCUUAUAUGGAUAAAAUAUGUCGACAAUAUCAACAGCCACAAUUUUACCAUUUUAUUCCAAAUCUGUUAGUUGGAGGGAAACCUAAGUACAUAAGAUGGCAUGUUGUAUAAGUCAGUGCAUAUUAGCUAUUUUUUUUACAAAUUAUAUACUUUACGUGUACAAAUUGUACAUGUGGCAAAUUGCAGGCACUUCAUUUAAAAACAAGGCCAUUCCCUAGCCAAAGCCAAACCCAUUUAUCUGGACCGGCGUUUGAAAGCUAGGAAGCAGAAUGAUAAAUGUACUAUCCUUCAACAUCCUUAUUAACACUUGGGGUGCUAAGAUCCUGUAAAUCACCUAAUCGUAUUACCCUAAUGAUCUAGCACCUUUCUCCAAUGAUUGCUCUGGCCUAUCUGUAGCUUAUUCCAUUGCUGUAUUUAUCCAGUAGUAUGAGCCAUCAUUGCUUCCGAUUGGCACUCUUGGUUUCUCUUUUCUUGUCCCCAAUAUUUUUGCAAACUCAACACAUUUUAUUAUCCAUAAAUGUUAUUUUCAUUACUAAAAGUAUUUAUGGGCACAAUCCUAUUCUGCUUUAGGGGGGGCUUACAGUGGUAUCAUGGUUAUUCACUAAAGUGAGAAUUCUGUAAAUUCAAAGGGAAUUAUAUAAUAUAGGCUGAAAUAGCUGAAUUAGAAAAUGUCUCCAAGUCAUUUCUGUUUCCAGUUUGGCUAUAUUGGCUUUAAAUGUGAAAUUAAUUUCAAAAUCCAUGGGAUGUCUCUCCUAUUUACGGUGCUAAGAAUACAUAAUUGUUCUAUAUAUGAAUGAUACUGGACAAGGGUCUUAGAAUUAGAAGAGCUAGUUGAGGCCUUACAGGCCACAUUUGAACCUUUCUUUCUU